AUGCAGGCCUCUGGGCUGGAGGGAGCCCCCUGGGACAACGGCUCCCGCCCCAAUGGCUCCCUCCCAGGGCCGCUGCCCGCGCCCUACGUGCUGCUGCCCGUCGUGUACGCCCUCAUCUCCGCCGUGGGCCUGGCGAGCAAUGCCGCCGUCAUCUGCGUGCUCCUGGGGGGGCCCCGGCUGCGGACGGUGACCAACGUCUUCAUCCUGAACCUGGCCGUGGCCGACAGCCUCUUCGCGCUGGUGCUGCCCGUGAACGUCGCAGAGCUGCUGCUGCAGCGCUGGCCCUUCGGGGAGCUGCUCUGCAAGGCCGUGCUGGCCGCGGACCACUACAACCUCUUCUCCAGCACCUACUUCCUGGCCGCCAUGAGCGUGGACCGCUACCUGGUGGUGCUGGCCACCGUGCGCUCCCGGCGCACGCCCUGGCGCACGCUGCGGGCCGCCCGGCUGGCCAGCCUGGGCAUCUGGCUGGGCGUCACAGCCAUGGUGCUGCCCUACUUCGCGUUCGCCGGGGUCUACAGCAACGAGCUGCAGGUCAGGAGCUGCGGGCUGAGCUUCCCGCACCCCGAGCAGGCCUGGCUCCGGGCCAGCCGCCUCUACACACUGCUCCUGGGCUUCGUGCUGCCCAUGUGCACGCUCUGCGCCCUCUACGCCGACCUCCUGCGCCGCCUGCGGGCCCUGCGCCUCCACGCAGGGGCCAGGGCACUGGGCAAGGCCCGGAGGAGGGUGACCACCCUCGUCCUGGCCGUGCUGGCCGGCGGCCUGCUCUGCUGGACGCCCUUCCACCUGGCCUCUGUGCUGGCCCUGGUCACAGACCUGCCCCCGACGCCGCUCGUGGUGGGCGUCUCCUACGCCAUCACCAGCCUCAGCUACGCCAGCUCCUGCCUCAACCCUUUCCUCUACGCCUUCCUGGACAGCAACUUCCGCCAGCACUUCCGUGCCACGCUGCGGUGCCAGCGGGUCUGA